AAUUUUCUAUGCUUUUGACUUUUCUUCCCUGUGAGAAUGAGAGAUCCGAUGGGAGCAGCAUCGACCCCGAGGCGGCGAUGGCCGAACCUACUGCCCCUCGUCGUGGCCCUCGUCGUCAUCGCCGAAGUUGUCUUCCUCGUCCGCCUCGACAUCGCCAAGAACGCCAGCAUGGUCCAACACUGGACCACCACCUUCCAGUUCCCUUCCACCACCGCCGACUUUGAGGACUCCUUGGCAUCGUCCUUCCCUUCCUUCAACGGUUCCCUUCAAGAAGAAGUUGCUGAUGGCGAGGACGAAGGGCGAUGCGAGGAUUGGUUGGAGAGAGAGGAUGCCAUCCCGUAUUCAAGAAGUUUCACCACCGAUCCGAUCAUCGUCUCUGGUGGCGAAAAGAAGGACUGGAGUACAUGCUCUGUUGGAUGUCAAUUUGGAAAUGUAUUAGAUCGGACACCUGAUGCUACAUUUAACUUACCUCGAACCCCCUUGACAGCUAGUGUACAUCGGUCGAUGGAAUCAUCAAAGUACUAUAUGGAAAACCAGAUUGAAGUGGCACGAGGGAGAGGUUAUGACAUUCUAAUGACUACCAGUCUGUCAUCAGAUGUCCCAGUUGGAUACUUCUCAUGGGCAGAAUACGAUAUCAUGGCUCCUAUGCAUCCAAAAACUGAGAAAGCCCAUGCAGCUGCCUUUAUUUCCAAUUGUGGUGCCCGUAAUUUCCGUCUACAGGCUCUUGAAAUGCUUGAAAAUUUCGGUAUACAGAUUGAUUCUUAUGGUGCUUGUCAUAAAAAUCGAGAUGAAAAUGUGGACAAGGUUGAAGCAUUGAAACACUACAAAUUUAGUUUGGCAUUUGAGAACUCUAAUGAGGAGGACUAUGUUACAGAAAAAUUCUUCCAGUCCCUUGUUGCAGGAGCUAUUCCAGUUGUGGUUGGUGCCCCCAAUAUCCAGGAGUUUGCACCUUCUCCUAGUUCUGUUUUACAUAUUAAAGAACUUGAUGAUGUUGAGUCAGUGGCUAAAACCAUGAAGUUCCUUGCAACAAAUCUAAAUGCAUAUAAUAAGUCAGUAAGUUGGAAACACGAGGGCCCGUCUGAUUCUUUCAAGGCACUUGUGGACAUGGCUGCAGUUCACUCGUCAUGCCGUCUAUGCAUUUUUCUUGCAACAAAGAUCAGAGACAAGGAAGAAAUGACUACUAAGUUCCAGAAACGCCCAUGCAAAUGCACCACCAUGUCAGGAACUGUGUACCAUCUAUAUGUGAGAGAAAGAGGAAGAUUUCAUAUGGAAUCCGUCUUCCUAAGAUCAGGGAUGUUGACUCUUGAAGGAAUGGAAGCCGCAGUGUUAUCAAAGUUUAAGUCACUGAAUCACACUCCUGUGUGGAGGAAUGAAAGACCGAAAAGUAUUCGAGGAGGAGAUGACUUGAAGAUUUACAGAAUUUACCCGGUCGGUCUCACUCAGAGGCAAGCAUUGUACAACUUUAAGUUUGACAGUGAUGAUGAUUUUAGGAAACACGUAGAGAGCAAUCCUUGUGCAAAAUUUGAAGUUAUUUUCGUAUGAUAGAGGCCUUUUCUAAUUCUCAUCUCUAUUAGUUUCCCAACUUUGUUUGGCAUAAGAAUUAUUUAUACACAAUUUUGUAUGAUAUUGUUAAAAAAUUUGUUGUGCAUAUUUGUUUUCA